AUGAGGUCCGGAAUCGAGGCCGCCGAUUAUGGGCGAGAGCUUCAGAAGGUGCUGCGGUAUCUGGGCGUGCCGGACGGAAACAGGGCGGAGGGGUUCAUUCGCCUCAACGAGAAUGUCAACCUCAGGCCCAAGGGCGAAACAUGCCUCAGUACCAUGUAUCUUGCUGCCGUAAUGCACACGCAGAGAAUGCACGCACGUCUUGUUGCAGGAUUGCGUGAGGUCAUUCGUCCGACGGCCCCAGCGAGAAAGUUGCUGUUGGAAGCGGUCACCGUAGUAGCUCUUCAAGAAAUGGAACUCCCUCUAUCGUCAAGAGGGGGGGACGGGAGCGGUGGGCGGGCGGUGACUUUCGAAGGCGAAACGGGCUACCGCUACUUCCCCGAGCCAGACAUCCCACCGCUCGCGCUGCCGGCGGAGUUACUACAGAAAUGGCGUUCCGAGCUCUGCGAGUCGCCCGUCGGAAAGAGGGAGAGGUACCAGUCGGAGCUCGGGCUGUCGGAAGAGGACGCUGCCGCUCUGUCGGACGAGCGGUCCGUGGCGUUCUACUUCGAGGAGGCGGUAGGGGCGGGGUCGGACCCCGGGGAGUUUUGCAAGUGGCUCAUCGGGGACAUCACCGGUUCCCUCAACAGGUGGAGAAAUGUUUCCUCCGUAUGUCGCAGGAUGGGUGCAGCUGUUCCGGUGUUUCGCAAAAGUGCAGGUGAACGCACCAGGUAG